AUGCACCUUGUAUAUACUCUUACAGAAAAUGUCACAACACAGAUCACAACUGAAGGCAACAAUUCAACGGUAACAAUUACUUCAGGGUCCACAGAACCGAAUACAGGGUCCACUCCUACAUCACCAGUGACAUCAGACUCUGUAACCACGCCCACGGGCAGCACCGAGAAAGUAAACAGUAGUACAGUAGAACCCAACUCUACCGGAACUAGUGUUAUUACGUCACAAUCGACCACCGGGGAUUACUCCCCGCAGACAUCCACCAUUAAAACCACUAGAUCCCCGCCCGCUUCUACCUCUAAGCCUGGCUUUGAUGGCGCUUCGUUCGGGGGUGGGAUAGCUGUGGGGGUGGGGAUUGUGAUCUUCCUGAUAAUAAUAGGAAUAGUCUUUAUAACAGUCAAAACCAGAGUGAAAGGACCGAACUAUGAAGUGUUAUAAUCUUACUCAUUUACGUAUUUGAUAUAUUGACAUAGUUUAUAUAUAUUUUUAAUUUAAAAUCAUGCACAUUCUGUUAUUUUAAUUUUUGAACCCUGUAUGUAUCAUGCAGACGCGAUUUUCGUAGAAUCAACUCAAUUCCUCUAGUGAUGGGGCUACAACAAAUUUAGCAAUGGAUGUUAUACAUCCCUCUCCCUCUUACAAUUUUUUAUCCUUAAAGCAAUUUCAUACAUGUAGAAUUGUUUCUGCAUUGUUGACCAGUUAAACUGGAAAAUUAAUACAUAUAUAGCGCCUCUACUGUUGCAAAAUUAUAUUCAUAUGUAUACAUGCAGUGUAUACCUUGGUAUUCAUUCAUAUUUUCAUUUCAGAAUGCUUGUAGUUUCCCCCAUCGAAUUGUUAUGGUUUAAAAAUAAAUUUAUUGCUCUGUUGAAAUGCAUAAAUUUCA